GUAUUGAUGUUGGCGAAAAUUUACAGUACCCGGAGUUUAGCAUUAUUGCGUUGUAUAAGAGACUGGUGAUUGGAUGUGGAUUUGUGACCCCUGCGGGAUAUGUUACCUACCUGGCUGUUUCGGCUGGGUGGGAGAAGAGCGGGAUUGGGAAAUUUAUGUUAUAUUGGCUAAUUCAAAAAUGCAAAGGAAAGAAGGAUGUUACAUUGCAUGUGUCGGCUAACAACAAUGCCAUGAUCCUUUACCAGACGUUCGGAUUUAAACCCGAAGAGUUUAUAGUCAAUUUCUACGACAAGUAUCUUCCUGACAGUAGCUGGGAAUGUAAGAACGCAUUCUUUGUGAGAUGUCGAAG